UCAAUCACAAAGAAAGCAGUGUUAUUUUUUAUUUAAUAUAAUUAUAUAGAUAAUUUAAAGCAACAAAAUGAUACCAAAAAAGAUGCCGGUUAAGGAUGCGCACAUUGUUAAAAUAGCUGUGGAACGUGAAAAUCAAAUGGCGCAGCUAAUAAACCUAGAUCAAAGACACCCCCUGGCAAGUAAAAUACAGGAGAUCUGCAACAUUUGGUCCAUUAGCGAUCAUCAGAACUAUGCGCUGCAGUUUUGCGAGACCAAUAAUAUGAAAUAUGUAACCGAGAAGAACCGAAAUGAGAUCAAAAAUGGUUCUGUACUGCGACUGCAGUACUCACCCUCGAAGACCGCCAGCGAUGCGCUUGAAAUAUUAAUCAAUGGCAACGUGCAGGACAAGGCCCAACGCCUCAAAGAGCUGACAGCAUUAAGCAUGGAUCAUACUUUUGCGCUUGAGUUUAUUAAGGAGCAGGGUCUGGACAUAUUGAUCAAGAUGAUUGAGGAUGUGCAUCAGCAAGACGAGGAAAUACUGAAGUAUAGUCUGGCCAGUUUUGUGGAGCUCAUGGAGCAUGGCACUGUGUCCUGGGAAGUGCCCGAACUCUCAUUCGUGGCACGCAACAUUGACAUUGUGCGCAAUUUCCAAAAAUAUCCCACCAAAUGCGGUGAGAGUGCGCUCUCUAAUUUGGAAAAUAUUGUCCAAAGCAGCAGCAAGUACGUCCUGGUGGCGGAGGAUAUAAAACUACAGGACAUCUUACGUCUCUUACAGGAAGUCAACUCACCCGUCAUGCGCCAGAAUGCCAUAGCGCUGCUAAAUGCUCUUUUUAUGAAAGCGGACGAGACCCGGAAGCGUGAAAUUGCGCACACAAUUAGCGCUAAGCAAUAUCGACUUGCCUUGAUUGGCAACGGACUGAGCACGGAGAUGACUCAUCAGCUCUACGUGCUGCAGACAGUAACGCUGGGAUUGCUUGAAAAACGCAUGCGCAUGAAAAUGAACGCACAAGAUCAGGAUGCGCACGAAAAGAUUAAGGAGCUGCGGCGCAUAGCAUUUGACGAAAACUCUGGCACGCUUGGUAUCAACGAGGAGCACAUACGACGUGGCGGUGGUGGCUCCGGUGGCGGUAACGUUAAUUUUUCGCAAUACUAUAAAAAACUGGGCUUCAAGUGCGACAUAAAUCCGGCGCAGGAUUUUAUUGAAACUCCGCCAGGCAUAUUGGCUUUGGACUGCAUGGUGUACUUUUCACGCAAUUAUACGCCGCAAUACAAAAAGAUCGUGCACGAGAAUUCCUGCCGUGCCGAUGAGCACGAAUGUCCCUUUGGACGCACGUCUAUCGAAUUGGUCAAGCUCUUGUGCGAUAUUUUGCGCAUUGGUGAGCCGCCAGCCGAGCAAUCGGGCGACUUUCAGCCCAUGUUCUUUACCCAUGAUCAACCAUUCGAAGAAUUCUUUUGCAUUUGCGUCAUAACCUUGAAUCGCACCUGGAAGGAUAUGCGGGCCACAGCUGAAGAUUUUCAAAAAGUAUUUAGCGUACUGCGUGAGCAAAUUCAACGCACGCUUAAGCUAAGGCCAGAGAACCUUGAGGAUUUCCGCAACAAGAUUGCGCUAUUAACUUAUCAACAAAUAACGACGCUGCGUCAACAGGAACGGACCUCCAAGGAGGAGUGCGAUUCGACAGCAUCAGCUAUAGUGAAGCUAAAGGAGAAAAUCUCACCGCAAAUAGUGGAGCUAAUCAAGCAGCAACGUCUCUCAUUUCUGGUAGAAGGCACACGUUUCUCCAAAUACUCGCGUGGCACACGCACCAAGGAUAAGUUCUGGUACGCGCGCCUGUCUCCCAAUCACAAAGUCAUACACUACGGUGACUGCGAUGAGAAGAACAUACCCACGCUAGAGGAAUUGCCUAAGAAGCUGCCCAUUAUUGAUAUCAAGCAGUUGCUCGAGGGCAAAGAGUGUCCGCAUAUGAAGGAAACACGCAUACGCAAGUCAGCCGUCAAUUUGGCGUUCUCUAUUACAUUUGAGAGCAUGGAUCAUUCAACGCUGGACUUUGUGGCGCCCGAUGAGAGCGUAUUCCAUUACUGGACAGAUGGCAUCAAUGCGCUGUUGGGCCAGGAAAUGUGCAGCAAACAAAAGAAGGAAGACUUUGAUACACUGCUAUCUAUGGAAAUUAAGCUGCGUCUGCUCGACACCGAGGGCGUCGAUAUUAGCAAGGAUCCUCCACCCAUACCCGAGGAUCCAGAGAAUUACGAUUUUUGUUUCGAGAGUUAAGGUAUACUUAAGUAUUUUUACAACUCACUGCAAACCCACUCCAAGUUACAUGCCAAAGUGUACACCAUUACCAUAUUAGACUAGAACCCUUCUAUCUGCACUCGGAUCUGAUUCUUUAGUAUUAACUGUGCAAUUUUCCAAACAAAAUGAACAAAAGCGUUGAACAAGCACUUGCUGUCGCUGAUUUAGCCAACUUUUAUACGUUUUUUAUUAAUUAAUUUAAGUAUAUA